CCUCAUUGUAGUGAAUAAUAUCCACCAAGGAUGGGUGAUGAAAGUGGAAGCAGUACCAGAGCUGCAGAGCAAAGGUUACAAUUACUUCAAGAAAUGAGGUGCCAAAAUUUUGAUAUGAUAAGAUUUGCUUCUUACCGAACUGCGUGUAAAUUAAGAUUCAUCCAAAAGAAGUUUCACUUGCAUUCAGUUGAUAUUUGGAACGUUAUCGAAGCAUUCAGAGAAAAUGGUCUCAACACAUUGGAGCCUCAAACUGAAGUUAAUGUUUCGAGACUUGAAAUGCUAAUUUCUAGUCUGUACCACAAUCUGAACAAGCGUCUUCCGUUAGCACAACAAGUCCAUGUGGAAUCUCUCACUAGUCUGUUGUUAAACUGGCUACUCUCUGCAUAUGCCAUUGAAACUCUCGGAAGAAUUAGAGUAUUCUCUAUUAAAGUGGCGUUGGCUACCAUGUGUGCGGGGAAGUUGAUGGAUAAGCUAAGAUACAUUUUCUCCCAGAUUUGUGAUGGCAAUGGACACAUGGUGGCCUGGAAGUUCUCUGAGUACCUAAGAGAAGUUCUUUGUCUCCCAGCUGCUGUGUAUGAAUCUCCCAGCUUUAGCUUCAAUGAUAACCUUGCAACUGAUAUAUUCUCUGGGAAUGGCAAAGUGACUGUGAACGACUUCAUGGACACCAUGAUGUCUGACCCAGGACCACAUUGUUUGGUUUGGUUCCCUCUACUGCAUCGGCUGACCAGCGUUGAGAGUGUUGUACACCCGACUGUGUGCGAUGCUUGCCAGAGAGAGAACUUUGCAGGGUUUCGCUAUAGAUGUCAGAAAUGUCACAGCUUUCAGAUGUGUCAGGACUGCUUCUGGAGAGGCAGAGUGUCUUCGUCCCACACAAUUGAGCAUGAAGUUAAGGAAUACACUUCUUAUAAAUCCCCAAGUAAACAGAUUGGUCAUUCACUGCGAAAAUCAUUCCGAUGUGUUCCUGAAAAAGGCAAAGCAUCACACCCACGAUUCCCAGACGAACCUGAAAAGACAAUCAACCUUUCCCAUAUUGUGCCUCCAUCUCCUCUUCCAUCCCACAAUGGGUUCCCAGAUGCGUACGGAACUUCACCCUACGAUGUUGGUUCUCUUGAUAGCAGAUCUACUGCGAGAAGUCCUGGAAAGUAUACCGGAAGCCUGGACUCGUCCCGGAUGGAUGAUGAACACAAACUGAUUGCUCGAUACGCCGCAAGACUGGCUGCUGAGUCCCGGAAUAGUCAGGGUCGCACAGCUUCUGAAGCAUCGCUGGGCCUGGACACUUCUCGAGCACAGAGAGAGCUCAUUACACAGCUGGAGGCCAAGAACAGAGAGAUCAUGAGGGAGAUUGCACGACUGCGUAGGCAACAAGAGCUGGAGGUGGGACUAGAGGAGAACCCAGCACUGAUGUCUGAGCUGCGAGCUCUGAGGCAACGUAAGGAUGAGCUGGAGACUCAUCUUACAUCAUUGCAGGACUCUCGCAGACAUCUCAUGGUGCAGCUAGAGGGACUCAUGAAACUACUCAAGAACCACCAAGCGUCGCCCAGGUCCACCCCCAACUCAUCACCCCGCUCCACCAAGUCUCCCCCACCAUCCUCCAGGUCAGCUCCCCCCACCCCUGGCUCUGUCAUGUCGGGAGCAGAACCACCGUCUCUUACCAAUGAUGUGCGCUCUGCAUUCGGCGGCUCAGCUUCUUUACUGGGUUCGUCCAACAACUGCCUGGCAGGAGGAGGCGGCAGUGACGGAGGUAACCGCAGUCUCAGAAGUGACUUGCUGGUGGCCGCGGACUCUGUCACUUGCGCCAUGUCUACUCUCGUCCGAGAACUCAAUUCUGAAGGAUCAGACCAAGAAGAUAAUCAAGACCAAGGAAACAUAAGGAAACCCUUAGAAUUGGACGGACAAGUGGUGGAAGACAGAUGGGGGGCUGAGCUUUGCAGUAGAUAUGACCAGGAGGCUCAGUUCUUGACCAACAGAUCUGAGUUUGAUAAUAUGAAUGACUAUGGGAAUGACUCCAACCAUCUCCAGCAGAACCAGGGUAGAAUGAGAGAUGGGGAAGAGAAUGGUGAACUCGAUGAAAUGCUACAAAUGAAUGGAAGAAGACGAUAAUUUCUUUACCGUAAAUUGAAUUCAUACCAUAUUACCAUAAUCAAUUCUAUUGCCAUGUACAUAUGCUUUUUAUGUAUCUAUAUAGUUUUAAAUUGUAUAUUACAAUGCAAAUACUUCUUGUACAUUAAUUAGUUCCUAUUGUUAUACAAUUUAUCUACCAAAGAUUCGGAUUGUAAGGGUUAUGAUCAAACUUAUUUUAAGUUUUUGUACACCUGUUCU